CCCAAGGAGUGUUCGCUGCUGCGAGAAGAGCCCCCCCCAAAAAAAAAAUAACACCCAGAGAGAGAAGAGAGGGAGGGGGAGGAGGGAGGAAAGGCUGAGAGAGAAGAGAGACAGAAACAGAGAAGAGGCAGGAGAGGAGGAGGGGAGAGAGAGAGGGAAGCUGGAGACAGGGAGAGGGAGAAAGGGAGGAGGUGAAGGAGGGAAGAGAGAGAGGGCAGGCAGGAGCAGAGAAGGAAGAGGAAGAGGUGAUGGGGAGCAGGAUGAAGACAUGGAGUUAGGUGGCUUGGGAGAGCUUAAUGACAAGAGAAGCAGGAGGGGGGUGUGGAUUUGAAAUCUAGAGGUAACCUGGGGGAGAGGCAGAAGGCAGAGACGAGUAGGUAGGCAGAUCCGGAGGUGGAGGGAGGCGGGAGGGUCUGGAGGAAAAAGGAAAGGAAGGAGGAGGGGCAUAGAGAGAGAGGAGAGGAGUGGGUUUGGGUGGUCUCCAUCCCUGGCUGCUUUGGGAUUUGGGGAACUGGGGCUCCCUGUAGGGAGGAGAGGAAGCUUGGGAGUCCUGAAGUGAGAGGGUCCCAGAAAGAGGGGACAGAGGAGCUGAGAUAAGGGGAGCCAGGGGAUUGAGAAGGGGACCCUGGAAGGCCUCCCGGGGAUGGGGGGUGCCCUUCGCCUGAGCGCCCCUCGCGCGCUGGUACUCUGGGCCGCACUGGGGGUGGCAGCUCACAUCGGACCAGCACCUGACCCCGAGGACUGGUGGAGCUACAAGGAUAAUCUCCAGGGAAACUUCGUGCCAGGGCCUCCCUUCUGGGGCCUGGUGAAUGCAGCCUGGAGUUUGUGUGCCGUGGGGAAGCGGCAGAGCCCCGUGGAUGUGGAGCUGAAGAGGGUCCUUUAUGACCCCUUUCUGCCCCCCCUGAGGCUCAGCACUGGGGGAGAGAAGCUCCGGGGAACUCUGUACAACACGGGCCGCCAUGUCUCCUUCCUUCCUGCGCCCCGGCCUGUGGUCAAUGUGUCUGGGGGCCCCCUCCUUUAUAGCCACCGACUCAGUGAACUGAGGCUGCUCUUUGGAGCGCGGGACGGAGCUGGCUCUGAACACCAGAUCAACCACCAGGGCUUCUCUGCUGAGGUGCAGCUCAUCCACUUCAAUCAGGAACUCUAUGGGAACCUCAGUGCGGCCACCCGAGGCCCUAAUGGCCUGGCCAUUCUCAGCCUCUUUGUCAAUGUGGCCGGCAGCUCAAACCCAUUCCUCAGCCGCAUUCUCAACCGUGACACCAUCACUCGCAUUUCCUACAAGAAUGAUGCCUACUUUCUUCAGGACCUGAGCCUGGAACUCCUAUUCCCCGAAUCCUUCGGCUUCAUCACCUAUCAGGGCUCUCUCAGCACCCCGCCCUGCUCGGAGACUGUCACCUGGAUUCUGAUUGACCGGGCCCUCAAUAUCACCUCCCUCCAGAUGCAUUCCCUGAGACUCCUGAGCCAGAAUCCUCCAUCCCAGAUCUUCCAGAGCCUCAGCGGUAACGGCCGGCCCCUGCAGCCCUUGGCCCACAGGGCCUUGAGGGGCAACAGGGACCCCCGGCACCCCGAAAGUCGCUGCCGAGGCCCCAACUACCGCCUGCAUGUGGAUGGUGGCCCCCAUGGUCGUUGAGACUCCCCAUCGAGGAUUGUGCCUGCCUGUCCCAAGUCUCCCCGCUAGGGGAGGGGAGUCACCCCCAAAACAAAGCUAUUAAAGGGACAGAGACUUCCUGUUUCUCAAUGGUCUGAUUCUAGGCGCGGUGGGGAAACAUUUGGGUACUAAACAACAGCAGCCUUCUAGAAACCAA